AUGAUAUGAAACCAUCGAUUCGUGUUGAUGAUAUUUCUUCGAUUGUGAUGCAAAGUAAAUCUGAAUGGAUAUUAAACAUGUGUCGAUAUUGUUGCGAAGCAGGUGCAUUGAAGUCUUGUGGCAAAUGUAAACAAGCUAAUUAUUGUUCAAAAGAAUGUCAAACCAUGGAUUGGAAAUUAUAUAAUCAUAAACUUAUUUGUAAAAGUUAA